UGAGAAACAGAAUUUGGAGUAAAAAAUUAAAGAAGCUGAAUGACCAAGAAACCAAGUCCCAGGAAAAGAAGGAGCAUGAAAAGGAGAAGAGGGUAACCGCCCUAAAGGAGGAGCUGACCAAGCUGAAGUCUUUUGCUUUGAUGGUAGUGGAUGAACAACAAAGGCUGACGGCACAGCUCACCCUUCAAAGACAGAAAAUCCAAGACCUGACCACAAGUGCGAAGCAAACACAUGCUAAACUAGCCCUUGCUGAAGCCAGAGCUCAGGAAGAAGAGCAGAAGGCAACCAGACUAGAGGAAGAACUGCAAACGCAGACCACAAAGUUUCACCAGAACCAAGAAGCAAUUAUGGCGAAGCUCACCAAUGAGGACAGCCAGAAUCGUCAGCUCAGACAAAAGCUGGCAGCGCUCAGUCGGCAAAUUGAUGAGUUAGAAGAGACAAACAGGUCUUUACGAAAAGCAGAAGAAGAGCUGCAAGAUAUUAAAGAAAAAAUCAACAAGGGAGAAUAUGGAAACUCUGGUAUUGUGGCUGAAGUGGAGGAGCUCAGGAAACGCGUGCUAGAAAUGGAAGGGAAGGAUGAAGAGCUUGUAAAAAUGGAAGAGCAGUGCAGAGAUCUCAAGAAGAGGCUUGAACAGGAAACAUCCCAGAGCAAAGACUUUAAACUAGAAGUGGAAAACCUCAGUAAGAGGAUUAUGGCUCUAGAAAAAUUAGAAGAUGCUUUCAACAAAAGCAAAGAAGAAUGUUACUCUCUGAAAUGCAAUUUAGAAAAAGAAAGGAUGACCACAAAGCAGUUGUCUCAAGAACUGGAGAGCUUAAAAGUGAGGAUCAAAGAGCUAGAAACCAUUGAAAGUCGGCUGGAGAAGACAGAGUUCACCCUAAAAGAGGAUUUAACUAAAUUGAAAACAUUAACCGUGAUGCUUGUAGAUGAAAGGAAAACAAUGAGUGAGAAAUUAAAGCAAACUGAAGAUAAGUUACAAGCUGCUUCUUCUCAGCUUCAAGUGGAGCAAAAUAAAGUGACAACAGUUACUGAGAAGUUAAUUGAGGAAACAAAAAGGGCACUCAAGUCCAAAACUGAUGUCGAAGAAAAGAUGUACACUGUAACCAAGGAGAGAGAUGAUCUAAAAAACAAGCUGAAAGCAGAAGAAGAGAAAGGAAAUGAUCUCCUGUCAAAAGUUAGUAUGUUGAAAAACAGGCUUCAGUCAAUGGAAGCAACUGAGAAAGAUUCCCUAAAAAACAAAUUGAAACAAGAUUCUGCUAAGUCUACAACAAUAGUACACCAAGAAAACAAUAAGAUUAAAGAGCUCUCUCAAGAAGUGGAAAGACUGAAACUGAAGCUGAAGGACAUGAAAGCCAUUGAGGAUGAUCUUAUGAAAACAGAAGACGAAUAUGAGACUCUAGAACGAAGGUAUGCUAGUGAGCGAGACAAAGCUCAAUUUUUAUCUGAAGAACUGGAACACGUUAAAAUGGAACUUGCCAAGAACAAGUUAGCAGAGAAGACAGAAUCCAGCCAUGAACAAUGGCUUUUUAAAAGGCUUCAAGAAGAAGAAGCUAAGUCAGGACACCUCUCAAGAGAAGUGGAUGCAUUAAAAGAGAAAAUUCAUGAAUACAUGGCAACCGAGGACCUAAUAUGUCACCUCCAGGGAGAUCACUCAAUUCUGCAAAAGAAACUCAGUCAACAAGAAAACAGGAACAGAGAUUUAGGAAGAGAGAUUGAAAACCUCACUAAAGAGUUAGAGAGGUACCGGCAUUUCAGUAAGGGCCUCCGGCCUAGUCUCAAUGGAAGAAGAAUCUCUGACCCUCAAGUGUUUUCUAAAGAAGUCCAAACAGAAACAGUAGACAAUGAACCACCUGAUUACAAGAGUCUCAUUCCUCUGGAACGAGCAGUCAUCAAUGGUCAGUUAUAUGAGGAAAGUGAGGACCAGGAUGAGGAUCCUAAUGACGAGGAGUCAGUGCUGUCUUUCAAAUGCAACUCAUCAACUCCUUGUCCUGUUAACAGGAAGCUAUGGAUUCCUUGGAUGAAAUCCAAGGAGGGCCAUCUUCAGAAUGGAAGGAUACCAACUAAACCCAAUGGCAACUUUGUGCAACCUGGAGAUCUGGUCCUAAGCCAUACGCCUGGGCAGCCGCUUCACAUAAAGGUUACUCCAGACCAUGUCCAAAACACAGCCACUCUUGAAAUCACAAGUCCGACCACAGAGAGUCCUCACUCCUACACAAGCACAGCAGUGAUACCGAACUGUGGCACCUCAAAGCAAAGGAUAACCAUCCUCCAGAAUGCCUCCAUAACGCCAGUGAAAUCCAAAACCUCUACUGAAGGCCUCACAAAUUUAGAGCAUGGCAUGUCCCCAAUUACCAUGGCAACCUUUGCCAGAGCUCAGACCCCAGAAUCUUGUGGCUCUAUAACUCCAGAAAGGACAAUGUCACCUAUUCAGGUUUUGGCUGUGACUGGUUCAGCUAGCUCUCCUGAGCAGGGACGCUCCCCAGAGCCCAUAGAAAUCAGCGCCAAGCACGCAAUUUUCAGAGUCUCUCCAGACCGGCAGUCAUCAUGGCAGUUUCAACGUUCAAAUAGCAAUAGUUCAAGUGUGAUAACUACUGAGGAUAAUAAAAUCCACAUUCACUUAGGAAACCCUUACAUGCAAGCUGUGGCCAGCCCCAUGAGACCUGCCAGCCCUUCAACACCACCGCAGGAUAACCGAACUCAGAGUUUAACUAAUGGGGCACUAAACAAAACGACCAAUAAAGUCACCAGCAGUAUUACUAUUACACCAACAGCCACACCUCUUCCUCGACAAUCACAAAUUACAAUCAAGGAGGUAUGCAAGCAGAGAAUUCCAACACGGAUCCCUAAACCAAAAACUACAGGCAUCACUAAGCUCUCUACUAAGGCUCCCACAGGGCCUAUGGAUAAGCCUAUUCACCAGGAUGGCUGUGGGAAACUACACAUCAUAAGGACUGUCACCUCCAACACUUUCCUCCACAUGGGAGGGAAAAGGUAAGUCAUGCCAAUGCACUGUCUGGAUACAUUCAUCUACAGAAAUAUCUGGAAAGCUAAAAUUGCCAUUAUGGAAGACCAAAAGAGGAACAGCCAUGCCUCCAGGAAAUGGUGAAGCAGCAAACUGACAGAUGGUUCAUUCAGAGGCUGCAGGACCUGGUGAAGAUCAUCCUGAAAGGGCAGCACAUCUACAAUUAUCAUAUCUAUGUAUGCGUACAGACACAUGCACACCUUUACACCACCACCCCGCCAAAUCCACCCAAUUCCUCAUCCUACCCGCUGUAAUCCAGCCCAACAUUGGACUGUAUACCAUCGGCCUUACACAGGAUUGAAUUCACUAGACCAGUACGUGGGUUUUCUGAUGAACGCAGAUAGAAGUAACCUUUCAUUCCACAGAAUUUUAUUGAGUAAUCAUAUUUCAAUAAGAAAAUGUGCUAGUGAGAAUUCCUAAUCUGUUUUAAGAAAGUCAGAUUAUUUCCUUCAAAAUGACAGAACAUUCAGAAUCAUUCUUAAAUCAUGAUUUCUCUAUGACCAGGCAGGGGAAAAAAAGGUGGUAACUCUUAGUUACAGGGAGUAAAGAAACAACAAAAUGCGUAAUAGCUGCACACAUCCUUCAUGUGGCCUACUUGAUAAUCACUGGUGCCACACGCACACUGGACUGUUGGCACAACUUUCUGUCCCACUUUUGUAUUAGGUUGCCCCUCCUGUAUGUACCAGACCAUGGAAUCACACUGCUAGCCUUGUACAGCAAACCAUUUUAGAUCAGUAUUGCUGCUUUCUAUAACAAUCAGGCAUCUGAGUCAAAGGUUGCCGAUAUUGAGAUUGUUCAGGGAGAUAGGAAUCAUUGUCCUUGGAAAUUAAAAAAAAAAAAAGACAAAAAAUUAUCAUACUACAGAAUGUUGUAUUCAACCAGCUCUCUACAAGGCUGGACGUAGUCCCAUGAGUAAGCUAUAGGAAUUCUUUUUAUCACUCUGAAAAGCCUUUCUCACUGAAGCAAGUGAAAGGUAUAAUUCAGUGUGGACAGAAUAACAUGAUCAUGUUCUAAGACAAAGAAGACAUUUAUGAUGGGGAGAUGGUUACACUUCACAAAACCUGUCAGAGAUAAAAUAUAUAUAGUUCAAAGAAGAGCAUGACCCAGCAAUCCUGUACCGAGACAUGGAGACGUGACUGUGGAAGAAAUCCUAGAGCCUAAGGGCAGUGCUGCAGCUGGCUGUCCUGGGAAAGAGCCUGCAGAACAGAAGCAAAGGAAAUGCUGUUCCCAACACCCUUCCAGCAGAGCCCAAUUCAAUGCACUGAUGCCACUAAGCAGAUACCCCAGCCUCACUCCAGUUUAAAGGAGGAGGAGGAGGAGCUGGAGGCCUGGGUAGAGCGAUGCAAGCCAAAGAGUAGGGGGAUGUGCAGCAGCCUGAGCAGGCACAUGGCAGAGGGAGAAGGUAGGGAGAUGGAGUAAAUUAAAAGUCAGAGGUGGAAAAGCCUAAGCUAAAGACAGCAGGAAGAGAACAGCGGAGGGGAGUGGACUACAAAAGAAAGUGGUGAAGCUCUGACACAAAGAUAAUUCGAGAGAAAGACAAUUCAGAGGGAAGUGUGGGACAGUAACAGGUGGGAGAACGUACGUGUGGAGGGCUUAGCGCUGUGACUGACAUAAAGCAGGUAUUCAAUAAAUCCUCAGAGAAUAGAGGAUGGGUGAGUGAGGAAGAGAAGGGCCAUGUGGUCCCAAUAACGCUCCCAGAAACGCAAAAUACCCUUGGAGAGUUUUACUUUGAAGAGGGGCACAAAACGUGCUAUAUGUUUGAGAUUUCAAAACUACUGAAAUCUAGAGGAGACUCCCUGGAGUAUAUUUUUAGGCUGGUGUAUGUUCAACAGCAAGGAAGAAAAGAGACAAAAUACUGUAAAAAGCACUAAAAAGAGUCAAUUCCGACUUAUGGCAACGCCCUGAACUGCUCCAUAGGGUUUUCAAGGCUGUGUGGGUAACCGUCUAGAAGCAGAUCGAUCACCAGGACUGUCUCCCAAGGUGCCUCCUGGGUUCAAAGCAACAGCCUUUCAGCUAACAGUCCAGUGCUUAACCUUUUGUGCCACCCAGGGAAGCUUAAAAGAGGGCAGGAGGAAAAAAGAUGAGAAGUGUCAAAAAAAAAAAAAAAAAAUAGGAACAUAACAAUACUUCUAAGACAACUAGAAGAAAGUGGAGUCCUACCUUUAAAUGGUAAUAUAGUUCUAAUCCCAUUAAAAUAAAAGUCUUUAACAAAACUCUAUUUUAACAAAAGGAUUCCGAAACCCACUGCCAUCCAGUCGAUUCUGACUCAUAGGAACCCUAUAGGACAGAGUAGAACUGCCCCGUAGAGUUUCCUGGAGGAUUCAAACUGCCGACAUUUUGGUUAAGGGCCAUAGCACUUAACCACUACGCCACCAUGGUUUCCAAUAAAAGGACUGUAAACCAAAAAACAUACUUAUUAAAAGCAAUAUACAAUGCGAUAAAAAUGCAACCACAACUAAGAACCAGGAAUCCUAUUUAAUGUUGAACACAAUGGGAUGUGCCCUGUGAUACGAGUGAAAUACAAAAAUCCUGCCUCCGGGGGAUAACCCUGUUUCUGCAGGAACGUGGCCCACCUGAAGAACGAUGAAAAUAAAAGGUGCUAUCCUAAUAAUGCCACAAAAACUUCAGUUAGUUAAAAUUUUACAGUAAGCAGAUAAAAAUCCAAGUGAAUGAAAAUAAAUCCAAUUUAUAACGAAUUUUUUUAAAAAACCUGAUACUUUUAUGAUAGACUCUUUCCUCAACCCUACAUUUAUUUAACUUCAAUAGUUCCUGAAGUAAUUUCUUUAUAAACUUUUGAAAUAAAGUACCUGACUUCAACAGGAAAGUAAAUGGUCUAAUGUAUGAAUAAUUAUGGACUGAGUAAUAGAGUAAUUGAUAAAAAACACAAUUCUCUCUCGGGUAUGUUUCAAAUUCCUUCUACUUCUAGAGAUAUGCGAUAUCCAGCUCCGGGUCUGACCCUGAGUCUGGGGCAGGGGUUGGCAAAGUAUGGCCCACAGGUCAAAUUCAUCCCAAUUUCUUUUUUGUAGCCUGCAAGUUAAGAAUGGUUUUUACAUUGUUAAAUAGUUGGGGGACAUUUUUUGAAAAGAAUAUUUUGUGACUUAUGAAAAUUAUAUGAAAUUCAAAUUUCAUUGUUCAUAAGUAAAGUUUUAUUGGCACAAAGCCACACUCAUUCAUUUACAUGCUGCUUUCCUGCUACAAUGGUAGAGCUGAGUAGUUGUUAAAGAGACAGCCUAGCCCUCAAAACCUAAAACAUUUACCAUCUGGCCUUUAUAAAGAAGGUUGGCUGACCUCUGGCCUAGUUUGACCUAGACUAGCAAAGAACUCGGGAAUAAGAGCUUAAAAAAGGCUUUAUCGACUCUUUUUUUUAAAGUAAUACCAGCAAUUUAUGAAUCAUAUUAAAAAUUCUACAAACGCUAUGAAAAUAAAUAUUUCAAGCUAUUUGUGAUAUAUUUCGUAAAAUGUAUAAUUCUAUGCAUGUAUUUGUGUUCAACUAAAAAACAUCAGAUAAGAGCAGUUCAAAGUACUUCUGCUACAAGAUGAUACAAUGUGUAACUGUUGGCUCUGAGGGGGGAAUGGAAUUAUCUCUAGGCCUUCCAAAUUCCUAAGCGGUAUUUCUCAAGAUUCACAGACAUUUAGCAAAAUUACAUCAGGACCUACUUUGGGUAAAGAAUCUCGUAACUGUUAUCAAGAAGCACUCAUUUAGUCAUUUGCAAGAAUCAUGGAAACUGUAUAGAAUAAACUGGCCCACGAAGGUUCUCUUUGGGCCAUUUGUUACACGGUCUUUGAGAACAGAACAAUGACUGAUAAUGUAGCUCUCUCUCUCUCCUCUUUCCUUCUUCCCCUUCAAAUUCAUCCUGCUCCUGACUGUUGCCUUUGAACGUGUUUUAAGAAUAUUAUUUGCAAUUGAUUGAAUACCUUUGUGUAUGACCGCAUCAAUGCAUAAAUCUUAUCAUGUAAGCAGAUUAUGUUCCCUCCCCCCCAAUUCCUUUAAGGUAUAUAAAACAGGGCCAAGCAUGUAAACUCAAUAAAUGAUUUUGAAAAAUA